UGGUGUCUGGGAGCUGUCCCAGGAAUCAUGGUGCUGAAGCUGCAGCACAAAUUCAGCAGCCAAUGAUCACAGGAGAAUCCGGGGAUACGGAUGCUUUCACCCAGAGCAGGACAGUCCGACAAUCGUGUUGGAUUUUAACGGAGGGAUUUAAACCCAUCGGUUUGUUCCUCGGACAUGGAAAUUCGAUAAUUGGGGAUGUAAGCUUCACGCAGACGUGUCAGCGACCUGCAGUCUGGCAGGAGCUCUAUGAGAAAAAAAAAAUCCCGAAACUGUGAGUCGUAGAGAAAUCGGGGUAGCUCGCCAGCUGUUCCAUUUAUUGAACUUAAUGGCUUCAGACACUUGUUUGCAUCGAUGGGAUUUGUUUGCCUUUUGGAUUUACAUUCUCGUGGGAAGACAAUAAAGGACUUUGAAUUUCAAUAUACCAAUAUCAACAUAGAAAACUAAAAGGCUGCUUUAUAACCUCCCCAACAAACGCAGGAAAAAACGCACCCCCACUAUCCCAUCCCACGGCAUAUGAAGAAGUGUUUGCUCAUGACGGGGACACAUACAGUACAUGCUGUUUUCUUCCAGCACCUUUGUAUGGUGCUGUGAGUUUGUGGCCGGAUACAGCCUAAUGCUGCGCAGCCAGGGCAUGCUGAAGAGCCGCUGUUGCGUCCUGCUCGGUGACCUGAGGGUGCUCCUUCUCGGGCCACCGGCACCGCCGACACCGCUGCCUCCGCUGACCCCCAUGAGCGUCCAAGGCACGGAAAGCCAUGAAACAGGCGUCACCGUCCCCGACAACAACAACACGUUAACGCGGAGCCACCAGCAGCACGCAGGGGACCGGGUUGCCCCACCUGCAGCAGGAGCCACCGGGCCACCGGGCGGAGAGCGACCGGGCUGGGUUGAUGCUGCAGAGCUGUCGGCAGCCCUGCGCGGCUGCAGCAGCUCUUCUGAUGACUGCUCAAAGGGCAAACUGGAGGAGAGGUUCUCCCUCACCAGCUACACGGAAAGUGGCUUCAGGACUCCCGUGUGCAGGAUCUGCUUCCAGGGACCAGAGCACGGGGAGCUCCUGAGCCCAUGCCGGUGCAGUGGGUCAGUACGCUGCACCCACCAUCCCUGCCUCAUCAAAUGGAUCAGCGAGAGAGGCUCCUGGGCCUGUGAACUCUGCUACUACAAAUAUCAGGUCAUUGCCAUCAGCACCAAGAACCCAUUACAGUGGCAGGCCAUCUCCUUGACAGUGAUAGAGAAAGUGCAGAUAGCAGCAGCCAUCUUGGGCUCCCUGUUCCUGAUGGCGAGCAUCUCCUGGCUGGUGUGGUCGUCUUUCAGCCCGUCAGCCCGCUGGCAGCGACAAGACCUGCUUUUCCAGAUCUGCUACGGAAUGUACGGCUUUAUGGAUAUCGUCUGCAUCGCACUAAUUGUCCACGAGGGACCUUCUGUGUUUCGCAUCUUCCACCGCUGGCAGGCCGUGAACCAGCAGUGGAAAGUCCUGAACUAUGAUAAGUCUAUGGACAGUGAUGACCUGAAGAAUGCCACUGUGGACAGGACUCUGUCUCAGCCCAGCCCGGUCUACCAGACUGGGGUAGGGGUGUCCACCUCCACCUCCUCGCUCAUGGUGGUAGCCUCCACAGCCGACGGCUCCACCUCUACAACCAUGGUGACGGCUGCGGGAGGACUGGGAACACAUGUGGACCCCAACAGCGGCAGCACAGUGCCAGACCAACACUGUCCCUACAACAUCCUCCACCUCCUCAGCCAUCUCAGGCAGCCGGAGGCCCGCAGCCAACCCAGCAAUAGCACACGAGAGCUGGUCAUGAGAGUCACUACAGUCUGAGGAGUCAGUUGAGGCCUUAUCUCACACGGAGGUGAAAGAUUUAUGAACCAGCUGACAGUUGAAAAAAAAGUCAUAUCUUAACUGCACUGGAUUAAUACCAUGUUCUUGUUUGUUUCAA